GAGAUGGCAGAAAUGAUUCGCCUGGGCAUUCUGCCCAGUAUUUGACAUACACUAUGAUGGAACACAAUUCAGGAGACAUCCUAGAUCAACAGAUAGUUGAUAAGAGAGAAGUGGACCUUAAAAGUCCAAAUAUGGAAAAGCUAGGAUUCAUUAGAUGCAUGGAGUCUAUUGAAUGCAAUGGAAUAAAUAUCGCUGAAAUAGUUACAGACGCGCAUGUCCAAAUUGCUGCACAUAUGCGAAGACAAUUCAACUCUGCUGAUACAUGUAACAAAAAGAUACACCAAUAUGAUGUAUGGCAUGGCAGCAAAAAUCUGGUAAAGAAACUCUUUGAGGCAGCAGAGAAGAAAGAAAAUAAACCUCUAUUGGCUUGGAUACAGCCGCUUGCAAAUCAUUUUUGGUAUUCAUGUCAAAUGGCAAAGGGUGAUUUGAACCGAUUAGAGACAACAUUGUUUUCAGCCCUACACCAUGUUGUGGGUGAACAUGUUUGGUCUACUGGCAAUUGUGGCCAUGUAACAUAUGAAAAUGGAACAGAAAUUAUCCAUGGUGAUGACCAACCAGAAGACCCAGAAAAACC